GGCGCCGCAGCCGCGGCCGCUGCGGAGGGCACGGCUGCUGCCCGGGGAUGUACGCCGGCAGGAAGAGGAAGAAGCCGGUGCCCAAGAGCCCCAAACCACCUCCUCCUGAGGGUGUGAAGUCCAACCCCUCCAAGCGACACCGGGACCGGCUGAACCAGGAGCUAAACAAGCUGACAGGGCUUCUGCCCUUCCCCGAGGAUGUGCGCUCCAGGCUGGAUAAACUCUCCAUCCUCCGGCUGGCCGUGGGCUACCUGAAGGUGAAGAGCUACCUGAUGGCUACAUCUCCAAAGGUCAGCAACUGCAUGGAUCAGCCCAGAGCCCCAGGAGGGGACAGAAGGACAGAGCCACAGGGUGACAGGGAGCUGUUUCCUGAGGGGGAGCUGCUGCUCCAGGCACUCAAUGGAUUUGUCAUCGCUGUGACUGGAGACGGUUACAUUUUCUACAUCUCCCCUACUGUGCAGGACUACCUGGGCUUCCACCAGUCAGAUCUCAUCUACCAGAGUGUGUAUGAGCUAAUCCAUGCGGACGACAGGGCCACCUUCCGUCACCAGCUGCACAGGACCCCACUGCACGCUGCUGACACCUUUCCCUCUGAGCAGCCGCUGCUGGCUGGAUGCAGUAUCACAGCCCGCCCCCAGCACCUCCAUGCUCAGAAGCAAUCCUUUGUGGAGAGAAACUUCACCUGCCGCUUCCGCUGCCUGCUGGAUAACUCCUCGGGAUUCCUGGCCUUGAAUUUGCAUGGGCGCCUGAAGUUCCUUCUUGGGCAGCAAAAGUCAGCAGCAGACAAGUCCCCAGUUGCUCUCUUUGCCAUCGCCACACUCCUCCAGCCUCUCUCCAUCCUGGAACUCCGGACCAAGACGCUGAUCUUUCAGACAAAGCACAAGCUGGACUUCACUCCCAUGGCCUGUGAUUCCCGGGGCAAGGUUGUCCUGGGAUACACGGAGGUGGAGCUGUGCAGGAGGGGUUCCGGGUACCAGUUUGUGCAUGCGGCUGACAUGAUGCACUGCGCAGAGCACCACGUGAGAAUGAUGAAGACGGGGGAGAGCGGGCUGACGGUGUUCCGGCUGCUGACCAAGAGGGGCAGCUGGCUGUGGGUGCAGGCCAACGCACGGCUGGUGUACAAAGGGGACAGGCCUGACUGCAUCAUCGCCCGCCAGCGAGCCCUGUCGAAUGAAGAAGGGGAGGAACAUCUCCGGAAGAGAAACGUGCAGCUGCCUUUCAGCUUUGCCACGGGGGAAGCAGUCUUGUAUGGGAAUGACCUUCCUGGGUUCUUGGACUCGUUCCAAACCAAGGCAGAGUUGCAGGUGCAAGCAAGCUCCAACUCAGAGCAGCACGUGGUAGACCCCAGCUCUCUCCUUGGGGCCAUGUUGAAGCAGGAUGCAUCCAUAUACAAUUCCAAUGCUGAUAACGUGCCUCAGUUCUCCCUGCCAGGCUUCAUCCCUGAGCCCGAUGGGCUGAGCCAGAAUGAGGACAUCAGCAGUGCCAAGGAGGACAGCAACUCCCUCCUGGUGGUCAUCGAAACCCUCUUUGAGAAGAGUGAGGUGGAUGGAAACAUCUGCCAGAGCCUCGGCGUGGACAGCACAGAGCUGCAGCAGUGGGAGGAGGCUCUGCUCAGCCUGGAGGCAGAGGAGGAGCUGCCAGCUCAGGGGCUCCAGAGGCCGGGCACCAAGGUGACAUCCUGUGUGGAGCAGAUGCUCCUCAGGGAGGCUGCUGGGAAGAACCUGGACUUCCCACCCUGCCAUGAGGAAAACAGUGCUGUGACUCACUUCCAGCGCUGCUGGGCAGCUGGUUCGGUGUUGCCAGCCCCAGCACAGCCCCGGGCAGCGGGCACACGGGGAGGCCAUGGGGCUGUGGGCUCUGUAGCUUCCGUUACCUCUGAGGGCAGCUCUGCCCAGCCAGAGCAGCAGGGCCCAUUUAAUCCAGCCAGGCCGGUGGCAGGGACGGUGCUGGGCAUCCCUGUCUCUGGCAGCAAAUCCUCUGCAGCACUUCAGCUGGCAAGCCAAGCAUUUCAGGCAGAAGCUACCCCCUCUGCUGCUGUGGGUGGCACUGUUCCUACUGCUCAGAGCCAGCCUGGGUGCCAGCUGGUGGGCUCAAGCUGCCCACCCCCAUUGCACUCAAACAAGUUGGUGACUCUGUGGCACAAUGUCCCCCUCCAGACAAACCCAGCCAGUUGCCCAUGGGAGGCUUGGCUGGCCAGAGCUCCGAAACAGCUGGAAGCUGCAGGAGCACAUGUGGAAUCCCAAACUCUGCCAGCUGGCAGCCCUGAGAGCCCCCCGGGGGCUGGGCUGUGGUUGCCACCCCUGUCCCAGUCUGUUCCUUGCUCUGCCCAGGGCUCAAAAGAGUCCCUGUUCCGCAGGGAUGGGAAGCUCUGUGAUGUGGAGGCUGCUCUCCCUGCACCCUUAGGAGUCAGGCAGUUGCCAGGGCAUGGCAGCUUCCCCAAACAGCCCCUGGCAGCCCAUGUAGAGCACAGCUUUUCCUGGAAAGGGGAGCAGGCAGUGCUCCAAGAGGACAAGUGGUUCUCGCAGCUGUGGCUCCCACAGGCUGGGGCAGCUUCUCAAAGGAGCCACGGGGAAGGGCCAGUGCACCCCAGCAGGCUCCUGCUGGACCCCAGCACAGAUCCCAGUGCCCACCAGAUGGACUGCGUUGUGCUGCCUGAAUGCCAGUAUGGAAACAGCCUUUUUAGGCAUGAGAGCAGCUUCCUGAGGGAUGCUGCUAAAGUGUCCUUUCCCCAGCAGCUGGGUGCUUUGCCUCGUCCCACUGAGAACCACCCUGGAGCACCCUGCUCCUCACCGGGCUCAGUUUCGAGGUGCUCAGCAGCUUUCCCUGCGAAGGUUGCAGGAGCACCCCUGUGUGCUGGGCAGGGCCCUGGCUGCCCCUCAGUUCCCUUCUCAGCUGGGCAGCCCCCCAUGCCUGUGAGAUCCAGCUCAAGGUGAAGUGUGAGAGCUGCAGGACCUGAAGGGCACCUGGCUCCUACGGAGGGUCUGCCAGGGGUGCAGCCACACCAUCUUUUGUGGGCAGCCUGGUUUGGAGCUCACUGUGAACCAGGAGCCCUGUCUUGGAAAGCCACCAACAGCUGUGAGCUCUUCUCAUACCUGCCAGUGGUGCUCCCUGGUUUCCCAGGAUUUUGUCUUCCAAUGCUGUCAAGCAGUCUAGGAUGAAACGGUUUGGACUUUUUGUUCCAUGUGAAGUCUUUCAGGGAGAUGCAGCUGUGCCACUGGGGAGACUUACAGGUUCUUGGGGUCCAGGGAAGGACAUUGCUUGCUGGCAUAUCCACGUACUUGGGGUAGCCUCUUCCAGAUGGAACUGGUCCCUCACAGGCAGGUAGCACCGAAAGCUGUUUCUCAACAGAACAGUGUGGUUUCCUCAUCUCCUGUGUUGGACCACCCUUGUCAUGUUGCUGUUUGGCCCCCUGCAUCAUCUCUGCCUGCCUGAGCCUCCUUUCCUCCCUUUCCUCAUGUAUUCUCUAUCUCCUCCAGAGACCGCCCAAAUCCUUUCAGAAAGGUGUUACCAACCACUUCAAAGAGCUCAGCAGCAUUGAAGGGUCUUGGUGGGAGUGGAGGCACCUCGGGGGUUUGGUCUCUCCAGCAGCUUUCCAGGGGAAUUUGGGAGAGAUGGGUACCAGGCCUUUGUGAACUUUCUGGGAUGCAGGGUGGGGAAGGUCCAGCCAAGCUCCCCUUGGGUUUGUCACUGGCCUUCCUCUCCUCUGCUCCACAGUGCCAUGGGACAGAGGAACAGUGAGGGUUCCCCCGUGGUUCUGCCAAAGCAGUGAGAAGGAAAGGCAGGGAGGGAUGCAAUAACCACUCCUCUCCAUGUCAGACCCACUUGGUGCCCCUCAAACCUGCAGCCCAGCACAACCACUUGGUUGAAUUCUCUUCCUUUUCUACAUAUGUAACCUCAGAUGUGAAUGAAUUGUUUUUUUCCCCACCACCGAGCAAAGUCUUGCAGAUCCAUCAGGGAAACCCACAAAAAAAGCAAUGACUGGGGAGGGAGAGAAUGAUUUGAGACCACAGUGGAUUGCAGCAUUGGGCCAGAGAGAUCAGAGUGCUUAGGGACAUUCACACCUUCCCCUCAUGCACCCAUCACCCCGAGUAUCACAUCUGCCUGUACACCAGUGUUAAGCAUUUAGCAAGCAAAUUAAAUCAGCAAUUUAAUUAGCACAGGACCAGCAGCAAGCCCCCAUGUCCUGGUGUGGAGUGGCCUCAUCUCCAUGGGUCUCUUCCUUCACGCCCAGCUUUGCCUCAGCUGAUGGAGCCUGGGAAAGGGCAAGCUCCUGUCUGCAGCCUGGCAGCACAGCAAUGCUGAAAUGUGCUGGACCACUGAGGUGGCUUCGAGGAGCACCUAGGAUGGGGCAAGGAGUUGACUGGCUGUGAUCUGGAUCCAAAAAGCAGCAAAAUGGACUCUGCUCACCAGCCCCUGUUGUUCUGGCACCUGUGGGAAAGUGCUGGGGCAUGCCAGGGCCUCCCACUCCUGCAAGAGAUGGGCCUUGGGGUGGGGGCACUGCUGCUUGGGGCCCUGCCAGACCCCCCCUGUGCUCUGUCACUGGUGUCUGAUCUCUCUGUACCUCGUGGCUGUGCAGAUAAAGUCUGUUCUGGUGGCAGCGUCUCAUUUUCCGCUCCGUGAUUUCUUUGUGCUGCUGGUGGCAGCCAGAAGGUGCUGAGGAGAAAAGAGCUGUCCCGGAGCCUCACCCCUGUGUUUGGCUAUGUAUUAAAAAAAGGUGAUUUGCUUUG